UAAGUUAGUUUUGUUUUAUUUCAACUGUACUAAGAUAUUUGCACUAGAAAUACCUGAAACCAAAGAGAGAUCCUUACCUUCACAAAUAUAUUCUGAUGUUAUUUAGCUUUGUAAAAUCAGUUUCAGUGGUUUUGUAAAAGUGUGCCAGCAGCGAGCGUUUGGCCUGGAGCCGCGCUGCGCUGUCGGGCUGAAGGACGGCCUCCCUCUGAGCUGCUCAGCCGCUCUAAUUAACACGGAGGUAUCAGGUAAACAGUGCCGCCGGCCCCACAGGCCGCUGAUUAAACACCACUAAUGACAUCGUGACCCUUCCUCGGACCGAGGCCCCCGCCGGGGCUAAAGGGCAACCAGGGUGAGUUUGUCUUUUCUACACUGUCCUUUGCAGAGAAACAAAUCUGCUAAAGACACUGCUGCAAAAACACAAACGUGUCUUAAUUCACAACUUGCUGCCUUUGAAUGUUGUAAAUGAAUCACAGCAGAAAAACGAAGGCUCCCCCAGACGAUGCUUGUAAGUUUCCUUCAUCAUUGAGGAAAUUAUGUCACACUAGUGGAGCAUGCUAAUGCUAAUGCUGCGUUCCAGUUUUACUGAGAACUGGAAAAUUCUGACUUCCCAUUCAGAAAGCCAACUGGAACGCCCUCGGAAGUCAGAUUUCCCACUGAGAAAAUGGGAGCAACUGUUGCGGGAUGUAAAAAAGUUAGCAAUGCAAAACUGUAUCACAUUUUUGAGAAAAAAAAUCAAUGUUGCUGUAAAAUUUCUACCAAAACAGACUAAACUGUUAAGUUAAAGGUGACCUAUUAUGCUUCCUUGAACAGGUUUGGAUAGGUUUAUGGGCGACACAAAACAUGUCCAUUACAUUUCUGCAAAAAAUUAUUCUUAGAUAAUGAGAUUUUAGUCUGUCUGUUCUGACUAUUUUGAACUGUUUUAGGGUGUCUUGUCACUUUAAAUCAAAAUCACCUGCUGCUGGCCACGCCCCCCAACUCAAUGUUUACACUGGCGUGUGAAUAUGGCUGCAAAGAGAUGCGCAAUUAUGCAGCAGUACAUCUUUGAAAGGAAGAAGUAGAGAAGUGGUUUCCGAAUGGUAAGUCAAAACCAGCUCACUAGAAGUGCUGGAACUCUGCUUGGGUUGCUAAGUGACGGGCGGAACUCUGCUGGGGUUGCUAAGUGACUGGCCGAAUUCUGCUGGGGUUGCUAGGUAUCAGGUUGAGCUUGGCAGGGGUCACUAGGUCAGGGGCAGUUGCUUCUGAUGUGUGACUUUACGUUCUAAAGGUAUUUGAAAUGACACACCAAAAAACAUGAAGUGGUUGCCUAAAAUGGCUGGGUUGUUUUUCUAGGUGUUUGAUCUGUUUUUAGAAGCAGUAGAAGCCCCAAAUGGAAGUAUAAAAACUUGCAAAAUGUGAAUUUUCCAUUAUACGUCCCCUUUUUAAAUCUGCUCUCUGAACUGCCUCAACAUCUCCGGGUUUCAUCCUCCUGUUGAGCUGAAGAACAUCUUCUCUCCCAGUCUCUGUUCCACAGGGUUCAGCUGGAUCCGCUGGAGAAGGACUGGCUGAGGAGUUCAGCUGUGGGAAACAUGGCCGCUCAGCGCCUGCUGCUCACUCAGGACCCCAGCCUCGUGUUGAAGAAGGACUUCGUCACUACGGCACUCCACUGGGCAGCAAAGCAAGGCCGUCAGGAGGCCGUGGACAUGAUGGUUCACUCUGGAGCCGAUGUCAACGUCCGAUCGCAUGGUUACACCGCUCUUCAUCUCGCCUCCAUUCACGGGCAUCAGGAGGUUGUUCAGACCCUCAUCAGCACAUACAAUGCUAAAACGAACAUCAGAGAUUACCAUGGGAAGACAGCGGUUCAGUACUGGAGCGGCUCCACGGACAUCUUCAGCAAAGCAGAUCCUCACACAAGCAGGACGUUUUGCCCCGGUCGCCGGACGCAGCGCUUUGCUCUACCCUCACUGCGUCUUUCUCGUUCUCGCAGUCAAGGACAGCUCCACCUGGAGUUCGGGGCGGUGCAUCAGUCAGCGUCCUAUGAAGCAUUGGACCUCCAUGUUUGACUUCCUGCUGGGGUUUUGUUAAAAGUCACCUGAGAACUGUGUGCAGUUUCUGUACAUGCAGUGAUGAAUUCUCUACUAGAAAGAUAUGGUACCUAAAUACAAUACUUUUUUAAUUUUAUUUUAAAAUUUUAAUUUUACAUUUAGUUGCAAUUUUCAUUCUCUUUCAACUUUCUUAUUUUAAAUAUUUAAAUGGUAUUACCCUCAUUAAGCUCCAUAGAACAUUUUACAGAACUUGUUGUGUACAUCAGCUUGAAAGUAAAGAGUUAGAGACAAAUAUAAUGCAAUGUUUCAAGUGACUAUGCCAAGUUUGAAUAAAAACUUGUUACAAAA